CGAUUAUUUUAAAAUAGGUUUAAAGCGGAAUCCAGGACGAAACAGGGAAAUGAACACCAGCAGGUUGCAGGAGCUCGAGGUGUCUUCAGUGUGCGCAGUUCCUUCAAAGUGUUUGCAUUUGCUUCUUAACAGAACAGAAUAACAGGAAGGGAUCUUUGAGAGCUUCUAGUCCAACCCCCUGCUCAGGCAGGAGGUCUAUAUACCAUUUGGUGUUGCGUUUCCCACUUGCUCUGUAGGAGGGAAUUAAAAGCGGAGGCCAAAACUGAGGGAAACUGGAAGUAAAACUCCUCACCCGUCCCUGUUACAAUAUAUUGUCGCAUAUUGACAAUCCCAACCUUCUGUGAAACUCAUUUCAACUUUCAUAGCCCCGUCAUUCCGCCUCCCCCGGCCGCGAGAGCGAAGGGAAAACUUGACGCUUUUUCCCUUUGAAAAAGACUCGCUCGCUCCAGAUCAGUGUCAACUCGUGGAUUAUUCAAGAGACGGCCAAUCCCGCCACGGGCCGGCGGGUAGCUUUCAGGCCAGAGGGAAGGAAACGCUUCUGUGCGAUUCCCACCAUCUUUGGAGUUUUCCCGCGGCCCGUCUUUUCUAGAGAAGAGUCUUAGGAGAAUGGGCUUUUGAAACCGGCCGGCCACUCGCUCCUGGGAUGCUUUUUGCCAAUAAGGUUUAAAAGUAAAUGGGCAGCCGCGAGCCCUAUCUCAGGCACUUGCCUUAUCUUUCAGACUUCUCUGCCAGUAUGGGGAGCAAGACCUUGCCUGCUCCAGUACCCAUCCAUCCUUCCCUGCAGCUGACCAAUUACUCCUUCCUGCAAGCAUUCAAUGGCCUCCCUGCAGUGCCUUCAGACCAUCUGCCCAACCUCUACGGUUUCAGUGCACUCCAUGCUGUUCACCUUCACCAAUGGACUUUGGGCUACCCUGCCAUGCAUCUGCCGCGCUCGUCUUUCUCCAAAGUGCCUGGUGUGACUAGCCUAGUGGAUGCCAGAUUCCAAUUGCCUGCCUUCCCGUUGUUCCCACAUGUCAUCCACCCCAAGCACGAAGCCACAACUAUGCCGCUCAAAGCCAAGCCUAGAUUUGAUUUUGCGAACCUUGCUGUGGCUGCCACCCAAGAAGAUCAUUCAAAACUGGGACAGAUAGACAACCAAGGCUCUUCUGCAGGCCUGGGCCCAUUGCUUGAAGUGACCAAACUUUCCGCUGAGAAGAAACCCACCCGUGGGAGGCUACCCUCCAAAACCAAGAAGGAGUUUGUGUGCAAAUUCUGUGGCAGGCACUUCACCAAGUCCUACAACCUUUUGAUUCACGAAAGAACCCAUACAGAUGAGCGGCCAUACACGUGCGACAUUUGUCAUAAGGCCUUCAGAAGGCAAGAUCAUCUGAGAGAUCACAGAUACAUCCACUCAAAAGAAAAACCUUUUAAGUGUCAAGAAUGCGGAAAAGGAUUUUGCCAAUCCAGGACUCUGGCAGUUCACAAGACACUACACACACAAGUAAAGGAACUCAGACCUUCCAAAAUGAAAUGCUGAAGAUAUUAACCCCAACGAACUUCAUCUCUCUGCUUCACUCUACAUUUUAGAUCAAAUUCUUCACCGAGACAAUGGGGGAACACGCAACGUAAUUAAUUUAAUACUUUUUAAAAAAAUACAGCAAGAAAGCCCACAACCCGACAUGCACAAAAACGCAGUCAGCCUUUCCAAAACCUGGGUACUUCCAUGUGUAAAUCCUGCGUGACUUCACUAAACUUUACGUCAAAAGGUGGUGCUCAUGUAUUGGAGAGGAAUUUUUUUGUCCUCAGUUCAAACACAAACAACAAAUAGCUUUCUACCUCCCCGAUUAAGUUUAUUCUUUUGUGAGUGACUUGUUUAAAAGUGUCUCCUUUAUAAACUUUGGAAAAGAAAAUCUAGGUGGUUAUUAUUCUAACUAAUUCCACAUUUGGGGGGCACAGCUCAGAUCAAUAAUAAAACUGCUUGGAAAGAGGCAACAUUCUGAGGGAGAUUUGUGCUAUAACGGGGGUGUGGGUGUGGGGCUGCCAUCAUCUUCCGAAAUUAACACUUCUGUCUUGGGUGGACAGGUGUGUUUUUGUGUGUGUCUGCAUGCUCUAGUGAGCAUCCUGUCGUUUCUGUUUAUUCGUGGUCUGGUGCCUUGGGAGGUAGUUUGUAUUUUGAAAGAAAAAUGGAAAGAAAAACCAAGCAAACCGAAUCAAGCGACCAACCAACGAAAAAUGGAACCCAAGUUACAAAAGGGAAACUUGAGAAUAAUAAAUCAAAGUGCACAGAGUGGCCUUGCUGGUACUUUCAAGUGAGCGUGUGCCCAGGUGAUAGUGAACUGGGUUUUGUAAAAGAGCGGGUGGGAGAGUUUGCUGACGAAUCUCAACAUGAGCAUUUUAUCCAGAAUCAUCUUUAUUUUUUCUCCCCCCUAAACAGUGUAAAAUAAAAUUAAAAAAAAAAAAAAGACAAGACAAGACAUUCCAAUAUGUUUUUUGGUUUAAAGUUAUUGCUAUUUGGCACUUUAUGCUGAUUCUUGAUAAUGAUCAUUUAUCACUGGAUUUAUUAUUAUUUUUUAAGUAUUAAAAUAAAUUGGUAUUUUACAGGCGAA